UUCGCAUACCAGCGCGUCGCACAAUCAGCAUUCGACCUGAAGGUAAAACUGUUAAAACAGGGUGCCAGUAGACCAGUCGCUCAUAAUCAGUGUCUUCGAUCGAUCGAUGGGAAAGAAGAUCGUCAUGCUGCUGUCAAAAGUAUCGUUAGUGGUCCUGGUGGGUCUGGCGAUGGCUCAGGCCGGCCCAGCAGCCAAGAAGCCUACGAAGACGGCCGUGGCCGAGGAGACGAAGCUUGAGAAGAAGGAACUGCAAGUUGUACCGGAAGUCGAGGAGGGGAAGGAAGUAGACAGAUCGAAGAAAUCGGCCAUAGGAUCAACGGGUACAACGACGACCUUCUGCGUGGAGAUCAAACCAAGUUCUGGUCAGGGUCCAUUGACUUUGUGCGACCAGGGUAAUCCGAAUUCACCUCCAAGGCCUCAGUUUCCUCCAAAUGGAUUCCCUGAGAUCCCUAACCUUCCACAGCAACCCGGAUAUCCGUCACAGCCUGGUUAUCCUCCGCAACCUGAACAACCUGGAUUCCCUCAACAACCUGGAUUCCCACAACAACCUGGAUUCCCUCAACAACCUGGAUUCCCUCAACAACCUGAUUUCCCUCAACAACCUCCUCAGCCUGCAUAUCCAGAACAACCCUCCCAACCUGGAUAUCCUGAGCAACCUGGAUUCUGUCAACCACCAUCUCAGCCCGGACAACCACCAAGUGGUAUGGAUUUCCCUCCGCAACAACCCAGCUAUCCCACUGGCCCAUACCAGCCCUACCCACCACAACAACCUUCUCCACCAAUGCCCGCUGGUCCAGGUCUCCCUCCAUCAAUAGUCGUGCCAUCCAAUCCAGUAGCUGUUUACAUUCCCAAACCUUGCCCUGGAAGUAAUCCAUAUUCUCCCCCACAUCCUGCACACGAGCACCCACCCCACUUUCCCUCAUGGUGCAAAUAUUGUCAAGGGUCAUACCGGUCGGAUGAUCCAUACAAUUAUCACCAAGCCAGAAGUAAUGAUAAUUACAUGAUGGAGUCCAAUCAGCAUCUUAAUCAUCAGACAAGAAGUGGUUUAUUCUUUAUCGACCCAACGACAGGAGCCUUGGUUAACGAUGGAAGACAAGAAGCCUCAAUGAUGCCAAAUACCUUCAGGACCUUCGGCCAGCAGCCUCAAGCAGCCGACCACCAGCACCCUUAUUCAUUUGAGAGUCCUUCGGGAUACUAUGGAAGAUUACUUGGAACAGGCACUUCAACAUCUACUUCAACAUCUACUUCAACUGGAACUGGUGUUGGUCUACCGCCAAAUUCACCCUUCCUCGUUCAGUGCAACCCCAGCUUCGUUCCUCUGACUGGAUCUAACUCCUACGGGAGAUCUUCUGAACCUCAGCACAGGAACUUGUACCAGCCUAGAGCCGAGCAACAGCAACAAUAUUACAGGCAAUACCAAGGAUCUCAGUUUGGAAGGUCCUCCGAUGCUGGACAGCAGCAACCCAGCAGCUAUCAAGGAACCUACAACCCAUACAACAAUCCAGAACGUUCAGCCUAUCAAAAUCAGAACCAGCAACAGACUCAGCAACAAUUUGCUCCACAGUACGGUUACGAGCAUGCCGUAAAGGCUUCCGAACAACCACAAGGACCUCAGCAAGGGUUCCAAGCUCAACCUCAGAAUCCUCAAGGACACCAACAGGAUCAGCAGUUCCAGCAUAGUCAGCAGCAGGGAUUCCAAAAUCCUUCGUCAAUCCAGCCAGACAGCAAUCAGCAAUCGCAAGGAUCUCCCGCCCAGCCUCAGGACUCUGUACCUUUCCAGAGAGAAGGUCAGGUCCAAUUCCCUGAAGAUCAUCAUACAGCUUCGCAACUCCCAGCCAAUCCAGCCAAGACGCCAAGUCAGAUGUUGAACCAGAUGAGAGAGAAAAUGGAUUCAAAGCCAUCCGAGUCCCAGCAUAUGGAUUCUAGGGCUCAGCAGGGUUCACAAAUCAUGAUGGGAUCCAAUCCACAAAAAUUUGAAAUGAAUCAUCCACAGCCGGUUCAGCCGUACAUAAUCAGUGGAGGAAGAAUUGGCAAUAUCAACCAUGCUCCCGAAAGUCAUCCGAAUCAGGAAGUCCAUAAAAGGGAGGCUAAACAUGGAAUUGCUCCCAAGAAAGAAUCCACGUCGCUGAAGAAGAGCGAAUCGUGAUGAAAUUACGAAAAAAUUGUGACAAGGGGCAUCGAUCGAUGACAGUGUUCAAUUAUUUAAUUAUUUAUUGAUUUUUUAAUUGAUAUCGUUCUUGAGGUAUGCCUGGAUAAUUUAAUAUUUUGUAUUUAAUUUUUCGUUAAUUUAACAACUUAUUCUGCAUCCUUUUGACACGUGUAUUUAUAAAUUAUGCUAAUAAAACACGAAGUUUGAAUAUUUACUAUAA